GAGCGUCGCCUCGCCCACCACUACGCGUCUUUGCAAGUGUGCGCUCACCAAGCAAGCUUCGUCUGUCUAGCUCUUUUGAGUCCAUAUACGCAUUUUCUCUAAGAAGUGCAUGUUUCCUUCAGGCAAGUUCCAUCUCCCACCUAGUUAAUUCUCAUUCAAGUGUUUUUAAGUGUACGACACAGUGCUUACGUUGUUAGUUUAGUUGUUUAGGCGUGUUGAAUGGCGCAGAGGCUGGGAUCAAGGAUGGAGGGCCAGGGGGCAGCCAUUACCAAAAGGAUGAGGACGGAUUGCAAGGUCUACGUCGGCAAUCUUGGUAACACUAGGGCCAAACAUGAACUAGAGUCUGCUUUUUCAAAGUAUGGACCACUAGUAAAUGUUUGGGUUGCCCGUAACCCUCCAGGAUUUGCAUUUGUGGAAUUUGAAGACCCACGGGAUGCCGAAGACUCAAUUGCGAGCACUUGGAGAACGUAAGUACCAAUGUUAAAG